AUGGUCGACGGGGUCGUCUUGCUGGUCGACAUGGUCGAGGGGCCCAAGACGCAGACGAAGUUCGUGCUCCAGAAGGCGCUGCAGCGACCUGGCAUGAAGCCCAUCGUGGUCAUCAACAAGGUUGACCGGCCGCAGGUUCGGCAGGCGGGCGAGGUGGAGAACGAGAUCUUCGACGCCUUCAUGUCGGUGGCCACGGACGACGCGCAGCUGGAGUACCCGACGCUCUACGCCUCGGGCAAGGCCGGCUUCUGCGCCAGGUCCCUGGAGGAGGCCCGGUCGGACAGCCGCCCCACCGACAUGGUGGCCCUGUACGAGGCUCUGGUGAAGCACGUCCCCGCGCCGUCGCCGCCGGAGGUCGACCCGGAGAUCCUCGCGGCAGACGAGAAGAUGGGGGGCUUCUCCAUGCUAGUUUCGCAGCUGGACAAGCUUCCCGCGUUAGGCCCGACGGUCACCGGAAAGGUCUUCAGCGGCUGGGUGCAGAAGGGCGACAAGAUCAUGGCCAAGAGCCUCGACGGGGAAGUGGCCGCCCGCUUAGGCCCACGCGGCCACUUCCAGGACGGGCCUCCUUCUUCUGAGGACUCGAAGGGUCGGCAUCUUCCCAUCGGCGGAAGUUGGCUGACGAGCUGCAGACGCCGCGUCAAUCUCUCCAGGGAGGUUUUGUGGGCUGAAGCUGGCGACGCCUAG